UCCAAACCUCUACAGAAUCGAAAAUAUUACACAAUGGAAAAUGUUUACAAUAACUUCGUUGAAUGAGAAAGUCAUUGUUCAACAGUUGUUUUGUUAAUUAAAUGUGUGAUGUGAUGAUCUUUUGGAAAACAGUGUCUGUGAAUUUUUUUAGAAGAAAUUUAAUCCCUGUGAAUCUACUGUUUCGUGCUGUUCAGGUGAUUAGUGGGUGUUAUCAAUGAUGAAGUGAUGUGAUUUUUUUGUUAGUGGAGGGAAGUUAUAGUUUACUGUCUUAUUAAGGCUCAUAAGUGGGUCGAAUCUGGAUACAUUCUUUGUUUUCACAAUUGAAAGAAACAGCCCUGUCGUUUGGACCGGCAGUGUGACCGCAAUUCGUUGGAGCGGAAUUAUCGCGAUGAAAGCAUGAACAUGGUGUUAACAUCGAAGGAGAGAGAUUCCCGGCCGAAGAAGACCGCAGGUCCAACCCUAUCAAGGCUAAAACCAAUGUCUUCGAAAAUCACCCCAGUUCCACCGAUAAACUGGGAGUUCAACGAGAAGAUAAGCCUGAGCAGUGGCUCCAGUACAGGAAUAGAAAUGCGGGCGGAUAAAAAAAUUGGAAUAGGUUUUAUGGAGAAGAAUCGAAAGCCAUCCAAUUCCAGACAAUUGAAGGCCAGUGGAAAAUCCCUGGACCUGUUCAACGUCUCAGGGCAUCCACCACCCCCUAAAAAUCCACCUCCCCUCAAAGUCGAAGUUUAUCGGGAACCUGAAGACAGUGGUAACGUACUUCGAAGUGAUUCAAAAUACGAAAUUGGAAUUCCAGGCGAAUGUACCAUAUCACGAAAGAAGAGACAAGAACGCCGAAAGAUCGAUAGUUUGAAGCAGUCCCGUAAUACUGGUGAUCUCACGGGAACCGUCCGAAGACGGUGGAUUCCAGCUAAUGAGAAGAUAGACGAUUCGAUAGCAAAGAGACUCGAGUUGAUCCACGAAUUGAAUCAGAAAAUCCUAGCGAACUACGAGAGGAUCCAAUCGAAAUCAAAGAAGCUCAAUCCUAAAGUGAUCACCACGACCAAAUCAUCGGACAGCUUGAAGUCAUCAUCAAAGAAGUCAAUAUCAUCAUCUAAAACUAGACCAGCUCUGUCAGACGUGAGGUACAAAGACCCAAAUAAGGAGCACAUCUAUUCCGAGAUAUCUCCAAAAACGAAGUUAAAACCGCCUAAAAAAUUAGACAGCCAUCAAGUGAUUGAGAAGGCGAUGGUUCACCGAGUGGCUCAGGAGGUCAAUGCCAAUCCAAAAAAUAAGUGGAGCCAAGAAGACUCAUCUAUCAAAUUAGAUAGCACCAGAACGAAGAGUCUGAAGCACCUCAACUCAAAUUCCAAAGCAAAAACUCCAAGUUUUGUUGACGAAAACUUCAUGAUGAUUUCCAAGCCGGAGUUUGAAGAAUCUCAAUUGAAAGGAUCACUCAAAUCGGAGAUGGAUGAAUGUGAUGCUGUGGAAAAGCACACUCCUCGGCUACCCGAGAAGGACCUCUCGUUCCCUGAAAUUGAAAGCCAACAAAAUAUUGUGCCUGAAUUCGAUAAAAAUCUACUCUGCACCAAGAUCUAUCCAGAAUUUAAUAUAAAUAUGAAGACUUGGAAGGACGAGCUAUACACAUCUUUGAAACAGGAUCAGCGUCUUGAAAGGAGAAUGAAAAAUAAUCAAGGUGUGUGUAAUGGUAAUGGUAAUGAUGGAAAAAGAGAUGAAACUAGUGGUCUUGAAAAAGAGAUUCUGGAUAAUUUGAAUGAAACCAUUGGACGUUUCGAUAAUGAAAAGAAUAUGGAUGGUGAUGUAAAUGUGGACGAGGGAACCGGUGAGGAUACAUUCAGUGAGGACUCGAUUCAGUGUACUACUUCCAGUUCAAAGGUGAAUGAAAAGGACACUAGUAACCAGGAAACAUUUAAUUCCUCAUGGGAUUCUGGUGUUGGAAUCGAUGUUGGCACCGGCAAUGGAUGGGUCAGAAUUCACACGGGAAUUGAGAGUAGCCUUGUCUAUCUCACUAUUGAUACCACCACCAAGGAUAUAUGCAGGGAUAUGCUGCUUGGUGAUGAAUUAUCUAUAUAUAUUCAGUACGGGGGGGAAGCGGGACGACGAAUGUCGCCAGAUGAACGACCCCUGGAGUUACAGGAUGAAUUUCUGAAGCAGCUGGGAUUUGAGGAAACUACCAGACGAGCACGACUCGGAGUUGAUCCUGAGUUACGCCAUCUCAUCGGUUUUCAUGUUGGACCGUCAGAACCCACCCCAGAGUUAGUUGGCCACAGUCGUUGUGGGAAUGUGCUCAUCCUGAAAGGACUGGUUUUUCCACAGUGGAAAAAACGUGCCCUCGCUGUCAUUGCAUCUCGUCUCUUCCUCUACCCCGGAUGUCCUGAGUCACGACCAGAAUGGAUAGAGUUGAAUGGUGGUGCAGUGUGUUAUGCUCCCUCCCGGCUUGGUAAGCUCGUUCUCCGCGUCACCGGUUAUCCAAGGAUAAACUCACAGCAGUUGGAGGAUAGCCCGGAGCAAUUUCGCAACGAUGGAGAGUCAUUGUCAUCACAAUCCUCUCAUCAUCCCGAUGCAAGACAUCUAUACCUCGGCUUUCACCAUCCAUGGGACAGGGAUUUGUGGCGCGGUUGGCUCAAACAGGCGAUACAGACAACAAAUGGCCCCAAGAAAUUGGACCUCAGCAGCACCGGACUCUCCCGCAUUCCAGAGAGCACCCUGGACUUCUCUAGCGCUGAAGAAAUUCUUUUGGGAAGAAAUAUGUUGGCCAAUACGGAGAGCAACCUCGUGAUCCUGAAACGAUUUCCCCGGCUGCGGGCUCUUCAACUAGAUCGAAACGAGCUGAAAGCCAUCCCCAGAGAGCUACUCGAGCUCAACAGACUCACCUCACUGAACCUCUCUGACAACAAAGUCGAGGAAGUAACAGGAGAGAUCCAUCGACUAGUCAAUUUGAGGGAAUUAGUGCUUGAUCGUAAUGGGAUCAAGGAAUUACCGCCCGAAAUUGAACUUCUGACGGAACUGAGGAACAUCUCUCUGGCCGGAAAUAAGUUAACGAGUUUACCGUCAUUUAUGAAAAUGCGGGCACUGACUUUGGAUGUCCUCUCCAAAAAUGAUACUGUUAAACUGAAGGAUGAAAAAAAUAAUAACACCAAUCUCCACAAAGUAAACCUCCGUAAUAAUCAACUAAAAGGGAAUAUAAUUCUCGGUAAUUACGGGAAUUUGACCCAUUUGGACGUAAGCGAGAAUAGCAUCGAGAAAUUAGAUGUCAGCGCUUUACAGGAAUUACAGAGUGCACGCUGUGGCCGUAAUUCUCUAACGGAAUUAACUCUCUGCGGAAGGCAUCUCGUGUCACUCAUUGCUGGAAAUAAUAAACUCAAGAAACUGACUAUUGAACCUGUACCGUCUAAUCUAGAACAUCUGGAUGUCUCAUACAACUGUCUGGAUGCACUGCCCGAGUGGAUAUCCGAUUUGCCAGGGUUGCGUGCGCUCUUUGCAUCCCACAAUGAUCUCACAGCCCUACCAGACCGCCUAUUAUCGCAGCCAUCGAGGCUUGAAGUACUUCAUUUGCCUCAGAACCGAUUACAAGCCCUUCCACCUCCCCGUAAGCCCCUCAACAUUGUUCAUUUGACUCUCCAGGGUAAUGCAUUAACAGCUUUACCAACCACGUUCUUCCAAAAUACAGAGAGGUUGAAGGUCCUGAAUUUAUCCAACAAUCGGCUAUCGGAGCUGCCCUACACAGAGGAAGCAGCCAAAAAUCGUAUAUCCCCGUCUCUCGAAAAACUUUACUUGACUGGUAAUUGUCUAACGGAUGCUGCACUAGACGCCUUGGGAAAACUCUCGGCACUUCGUGUACUUCAUCUGGCUUACAACGUCCUGGAUACGCUUCCUGAGAGCUGCAUCGCAUCGUGGCCCGAUUUGGAAGAGUUAGUGCUGUCUGGUAACCGUCUGCAGUACCUCCCGGACAAUGUUGCGAAUUUGCAGCAUCUGCGUGUACUGAGAGUACACUCUAAUCGACUUCUGACCUGUCCUACAUUCAAUAAAACUGCAUCCUUAAUGGUACUCGACCUAGCCCACAAUCAACUAGACAGAAUCAACCUGGCAACCCUUGUACCUCCCCAGCUCCAGUUUCUCGAUAUCUCCUGCAACUCAAGGCUUCACGUUGAUCCUAGACAAUUUCAAGUCUAUCGAUCACAAAGGCCAGUCUCUCUAAUCGAUGUAUCGGGGCAAAAUCGACCGAGUCUACCGUCCCACCCCCUUCAACAGGAGAUAGUCAGUGCGGAGAAGAGUGCCGAACACCCCUGGAGGCUUGGGUUUUCGGAAACUGCAGGAAUGAGAGAGAAGCUCUACAUCUCCCAGAUUCGAAUGCCAUCCUUCUGCAAUACCGAAGGUCUCUUUGGUAUCUUCGAUGGUGGCACAAACCAAGAGGCUCCCUCAGCCCUUCAGGAGAUGAUUCCCCGCCUCCUCCUCGAGGAGCGGACAAUUCGAGAGACUUCCAAGGACUAUCUGAAGUACACUCUACUAUCAGCCCACCGGGAAUUAAAGGAGAAGGGUCAAAGGUACGGAGUGGAUGCCACUCUGAUUCACAUCACAAGACUUUCCUCCCCGCAGAACUUUUCUCGAGCCCCAAAAAAGUAUUCGUUGAGAAUAUCAUCCUGUGGAGAAACGCAAGCCGUUCUCUGCAGGGCUGCUGGUCCUCUCGUGCUCGCCCCAUCCAGGAAACCCCCGCCUACUCAUCAACUGGGGAAUGCAUCAAUGUUCCCUCUAGUAACACCUGAUCCAUCCUCUGAGGAAGUCACCCUCGAGGACGACGACGAGUUCAUAAUCCUUGCGAAUAAGAGGUUGUGGGAGGUAUUGACAAUUCAAGAGGCUGUAAGGGAAGCCAGAGCGGAGGCCUCACCAGUCUUGGCAGCAAAACGCCUCCAGGAUCUCGCCCAGAGUUAUGGAGCUGAGGAUAACGUAAGCAUCAUCGUUGUGCGACUGACCGGGCCCGCAUCUGGGGACUUGGACCAGCUCAUGAGGGAGUUGCGUCAUGCUGUGACCAAAGGGCGACCCCAGGGGGAGGGAAACUGCUCAUGUGCUUGCUGCUGUCCUCCAGCUGCUCAUAAAUCACCAGGUGCCUGCUGUUGCCACGCAAACGAGGGUUUCUAUCUCAACGGUGUUCUCAAGAACAUGGUAAACCGAGGGCCUUCCCGCCCCGGCUCAGGGAGAUAUUUCAAGAACCAGGGUAAUCCCGAGAACUCCAGCCCUCCAUUCAGAGACGACAGAAGCUCGCCCAGUGGACAAUCGGACCAAACUACGGAUAGUACAUUCAAAACAAGGGGGACCUCCGGAAGAGGGUGGGCCGGUUCCGCAGCUUCCAGAGCGGCCUCCAAAAGCCGACAAAAUGUCAUCGUUCACGAAAGCCCUCGGAGGAAGGACGACGUAGAGUCCGAGAGGACCGCGGCCCUCAGUGAAGAGCAGUUUAGGUGCUGGGAGUACAUGCUUGAGCAGAAUACUCAUAUGCUGUUUGAUAAGGAAUUAGACACCAUUUCGAGGAUUCCCUUGAGAAGGGGGCAAUCCAGAUCGACUCCUCAGCUGGCGAAUCUACCGUUUCUCUCGAAGAGAUUUGGCAGCGCGAGGUCUUUCAAUCCCGCACUCCCUAGAGGGCCCAUGAUGAGGUUUGGGAGUGGGAGAAGAUUUUUAAAUGGUGGACCCAAUGCUGCAUAUUUUGGGAGCCUCCAGAGGCUCAUGCCUUAUAAUCUGGAAUACGAUUUUGCGGUGAUUCAGGAGAGGGGAAUGGACUCUCUAGAGCAAGAUGCCUCUAGGAUGCAACAGUACUGGGGUGUCGCCACCACAGAAUUAUAGAGCAGGAAGUACCUUAACGAAAUAAUGGAACACCAGUGAAUUGUUUAUUUCGAGUUGCAUAGAGUUACCAUAACGAAUUUUUGGUCAACUGUGUGAAUUUUUUUAUACAUUUUUUAUAUCGUUAUUCCGAUUUGUGUGGAAAGCUGUAAAUAUUUUUUAAAUUGUUGAUAGGAUGAUAAGAUAAUAAGAUGAAGGGGUUUGUUAAUGAAAUUAAAUGUGUGGUGACGUUAUCUUAUUUACGCACCAGUAUUCAAAUCGACAGUCACCUUGUUGCAGCACCAAAUGGUAAGAAUAAUACAAAAGUUGACAAGGUGCAUGACAACAAAGCAUGUGGAUAAUUGUAUUUUUUAUUAAUGAUUAUAGUUAUUGUUGAUUGAUGAACAGAUUAA